CCAGAGGCAGACACGACGAGGGCGACGGCGAUGGCCUCGCCGAAGCUCGCCGCCGGCGACGGCAGCUACGACUUCCACCUCCGCUCGCUCUCCGCCGCAUCACGGGACUCUGCCGCGGCCGCCGAUCCCGCCUCCGACCCCAACCUCCUCCUGUCCGUGCGGAUGGUGUUCGAGAUGUGCAAGGAGGCCAAGGGGGCCAACGACGAGAUGGUGGCGCGGGCGUUUCCCGUGAUGAACAAGCUCUUCCAGCGCUGCGCCGCCGCGCCCACGCUCUCCACGGCCUCCACCGGCGUGCUGCUGCUGACCAUUCUGCAGUUCUUCCUGGACUUUGGGGAGGCGGUCUUGCACGAUGCUGAUGGUAGCUUGAAAACCUUCUUCCGCUCUUGCUUAAGCAGGUGGUGAUAUUUUUCUCUGCACAUGUUUCAUGUUCUAUUGGCUAUGCCAUGGCCGGGUUGCUUCUGCAAGCCCUCAAAAUCCCCCAGUUUUUCUUUCUUGGUGGUAGUCAGUUUGCAGAUCCUAUUGUAUCAGAGCACACACUUGAGUUUCUGGUAGCAAACAAGAUGAUGA